GGGGGCCAGGCUGCAGAUGGAGGCUCCAAGCAUGCCGUCUACCUUGUGCUACGGCGCUUCAACAACUCGCCCGACCUCGCGCAACGCCACGGACGGCGUCCGACGAUUGACAUAGCUGCACCAACAAAUGCAAAGGUGCUACCCGCAAUAGCGUUUGCAUUUCGGUCUCGAGCACCGCCGAUUUGACCGUUCCCCCGCCGCUCGCCCGCCGCCACCCAACCGAUAUUCUUCUCUGAGAAGACCUCCUCGCACGAUGGCGCAGGCGGUCAACCGCAUUCGUAGCGCCUUUGCGCCGCCGCGCAAGGGCGAGACCUUCGAGUUGCGGGCUGGUCUGGUGUCGCAGUAUGCCCACGAGCGCAAGGAGGCCAUCCAGAAGACCAUCAUGGCCAUGACGCUGGGCAAGGACGUGUCGGCGCUGUUCCCGGAUGUUCUCAAGAACAUCGCGACGGCAGAUCUGGACCAGAAGAAGCUGGUCUACCUGUACCUAAUGAACUACGCAAAGUCGCACCCAGACCUCUGCAUUCUCGCCGUCAACACCUUCGUACAGGACUCCGAAGACCCGAACCCGCUGAUUCGCGCGCUAGCGAUCCGAACGAUGGGUUGCGUCCGGGUCGACAAGAUGGUGGACUACAUGGAGGAGCCGCUGCGCAAGACGCUGCGGGACGAGUCGCCCUACGUUCGGAAGACGGCCGCCAUCUGCGUGGCCAAGCUGUUCGACCUCAACCCGACCAUGUGCAUUGAGAACGGCUUCAUCGAGACCCUGCAAGAGCUCAUCGGCGAUCCGAACCCCAUGGUCGUGGCCAACUCGGUCCAGGCCCUCGCCGAGAUCAGCGAGACGGCGCCCGAGACCAAGGCGCUGGUCAUGACGCCCAACACGCUCAAGAAGCUGCUUAUGGCCCUGAACGAAUGCACCGAGUGGGGGAGAGUCACCAUUUUGAGCACGCUGGCGAAUUACCCACCCACGGACGUCAGGGAGUCGGAGCACAUCUGCGAAAGAGUCGCCCCACAGUUCCAACACGUCAACCCCAGCGUCGUCCUCGCCGCCGUCAAGGUCGUUUUCAUCCACAUGAAGCUGAUCAAUCCCGAUCUGGUCAGGCAAUACCUAAAAAAGAUGGCGCCUCCCUUGGUCACGCUCGUUUCAUCUGCCCCGGAAGUGCAAUAUGUCGCUCUCAGAAACAUCGACCUCCUCCUGCAGGCAAAGCCGGACAUCCUUAGCAAGGAGCUUAGGGUGUUCUUCUGCAAAUACAACGACCCUCCCUACGUCAAGCUCCAAAAACUCGAGAUCAUGGUCAGGAUAGCAAACGACAGAAAUUUCGAGCAACUGCUCUCAGAGCUGAAGGAGUACGCGCUCGAAGUCGACAUGGACUUCGUCAAGCGCGCGGUCAAGGCGAUCGGCCAGGUGGCCAUCAAGAUCGAGGCGGCGAGCGAGAAGUGCGUCAAUGCGCUGCUCGACUUGAUCGCGACCAAGGUCAACUACGUCGUCCAGGAGGUUGUCGUCGUCAUCAAGGACAUCCUCCGCAAGUAUCCUGGCUACGAGGGUGUCAUCCCCACCCUCUGCAAGCACAUCGACGAGUUGGACGAGCCGACUGCGCGAGGGGCUCUCAUCUGGAUUGUGGGGGAGUAUGCCGAGAAGAUCAACAAUGCCGACCAAAUAUUAUCCGGGUUUGUUGAUGUCUUCUCAGAAGAGUUCACCCAGACACAACUACAAAUUCUCACGGCCGUUGUCAAACUGUUCCUCAAGAAACCCAGUAACAACCAGGGGCUGGUGCAAAAAGUCCUUCAGCUUGCCACAGCAGAGAGCGACAACCCGGAUCUCCGCGACCGCGCCUACAUCUACUGGCGUCUGCUGUCCGGCGAUCUCGAUAUUGCCAAGAACAUCAUCCUCUCCCAAAAGCCCGCCAUCACCACCACCGUCACCAGCCUCCCCCCCGUCCUGCUCGAGCAGCUCCUGUCGGAGCUCUCCACGCUCGCCUCGGUCUACCACAAGCCGCCCGAGUCGUUCGUCGGCAAGGGCCGCUUCGGCGCCGAGGCCAUCCAGCGCGCCGCCAUCCAGGAACAGCGCCAAAACGCCGCCGAGAACCCCAUCGCCGCCUCCGUCGCCGCGGCGGCCGCCGCCGCCAACGGCUCCGCCGCCCCGCCGCAGAGCAACAUCGAGAACCUGCUCGAUAUCGACUUCGACGGCGCCGCGCCCGCGAGCGCGGAGCAGAAUCCCACCGGCGCGGGCGCGCCCCUGUCGCCCGGCGUGCCGAGCGGCGGCGGGAUGGCGGAUAUCAUGGGCUUGUUUGAUGCGCCGGCCGGCGCUGCUGGGAGUGGGUUCGGCGGCGGCGGCGGCGGCGUCGGGGGUGUUGGUGGUGUUGGUGGUGGCGGCAUGAGCGAUCUCAUGAGCGGGUUCGCGGGGAUGGACUUGAGCGGGACCAGCGCGCCGCCGCCGCCCGGGCAGCAGUUGGGGCAUGGGAACGGGAAUGGGUUUGGCAAGACUGGCGAGCAGAGUAAGGGGAGUGAGGACCUCUUGGGGCUGUUUUAGGCUGGGGUUUGUUGGAGGGGUCGGGGUUGUUGUCCCGGAGUGGCUGAAUGCAGCCAGCCCCCCCUUUGGGCGGGUGCGGUCAGCAGGGCGGUGGUUGCGGUGUUAACGAUGAGAGAUGUGGCGAAAAUGAUAGAUGCUGCAUAUUGCGGUCUUGUCCCGCCGCGGUUUCUGUGGGUUUGAUGUGGACCAAGUGGCAUGUGGAAGACAGCUGGGCUCCUGGUGACUGUACUCCAAGUCCCUACUGCCCUUUGUUCAUGCCGCUUGGCCUGAACUCCUCGCAACCACUUGCCCAAUAAGGAUCCGAGUUGCGGUGAGAGUCAGACAGAUGAAACCAACAUGUCCAUUGGGAAUCGAAUCCUCGUGCUCUUGGCCGCAGCCAUACUCUGCGG